AUGCUGGUAAAAACGUCGAUGGAGUAUUCGCACCAAUUGCAUUGGACUUUUGGCUAUAUGAACCUCUUCAUUGCCGCCAUGCUUGCCUUGGUCGUCUUCGCUUCGGCUGACGUCAGCCAUUUGUCGAAUACGUACCUACCACCCAGUAGUGGUAUCUCAUACUCUUCGGGCGGUUCUACUGGUGGUUCUUACUCCUCAGGCGGAUCAGUGGGAGACUCAUACUCGUCAGUUGGUGCCGUAGGUGGAUCAAUCUCUUCGGGUGGCGGUUCUUCUUACUCUGUACCAUCCAACGCAUAUCUCCCACCUGUUUCAGGCCACUCAGCGUCGGCUCCUGCUCCAGUUUACUCUGCACCAGCUCCAGCUCCCGCGUUCUCUGCUUCAGCUCCAGCUCCAGUUCACUCUGCACCAGCUCCAGCUCCCGUUUACUCGGCACCAGCUCCAGCACCCGCGGAAUCUGCUUCAGCUCCAGCUUCAGUUCACUCUGCACCAGCUCCAGCUCCCGUUUACUCGGCACCAGCUCCAGCACCCGCGGAAUCUGCUUCAGCUCCAGCUUCAGUUCACUCUGCACCAGCUCCAGCUCCCGUUUACUCGGCACCAGCUCCAGCACCCGCGGAAUCUGCUUCAGCUCCAGCUUCAGUUCACUCUGCACCAGCUCCAGCUCCCGUUUACUCGGCACCAGCUCCAGCACCCGCGGUUUCUGCUUCUGCUCCAGCUCCAGCUAAGUCUGCACCAGCUCCAACUCCAGUGUACUCUGCUCCUGCUCCUGCUCCGGUAUACUCGGCAGCAGCUCCUGCUCCAGUUUACUCUGCACCUGCUCCUGCUUCCGUGCACUCUGCUUCAGCUUCUGUUCCAGUGUACGCUCAUCCAGUUCCUGAUCCAGUUCACUCUGCUCCAGCCCCAAUUCCCGUGAACUCUGCUCCAGCCCCAGCCCCAUUACAUUCUGAGCCAGGACCAGCUCCAGUUUACACUGGCCCAGCUCCAGCUCUAGCAAACUCUGAGACAGCACCUGCUCCAGUUUACUCUGCGCCAGCCCCAGCUCCAGUGUACUCUUCACCAGCAGUUUCUUUAGGCGUCAGUGACGGCGGUUACUCUUACUCUAGCGGUGGAUCAUCUGGUUUCUCUGGUGGUAAUGCAGUUGGUCACUCUGGCGGUGGUUCUUACUCAAGUGGUGGCUCUUCUGAAUACUUUGCUCCAGUUUCAGCACCGGUGUACUCAGCUCCAGCCCCAGCUCCAAUUUACUCUGCACCAGCAGUUUCUUACUCUAGCGGUGGCUCUUCUGGGCUCUCUUCUUCCAGCUACUCAUCGGGUGGUUCCCCGUCUUUCUCGUCAGGUGGUUCAUCGUACUCUGGUGGUGAUGUUGGUACCCAGUAUGCAUCUAACGGUGGUUACGUCUACAGAAAGAAGUAA